AUGCGCGAGGGGAUCGUGUCGCCAGGUUCUCAUCCGGCUGGCCAUGCUCGAGCUCCUUGCUCGGAUUCCAUCAAUGCGGGUUGGGCCGAGGUGUAUCACAGACGGCCUCUUCAUACGCCAGGAAGCCGGGACCCGGAUGGCGCGGUGGCCGCCGCAUCACGCAAUGGAAUGCCCGAUUUCCUCCGCGUCCAUUUCCUGGUGCGCUGCCUGCAGCUGCUCACCGCCGUCACCCUGGUCUACGUACUGCUCGGUGUCGAGCACUUCGACGUGCCGCUGCGCGAUGAUAAUCAUCUUCAUUUGCCGGUCCGCUCGGCCGCCCUGAUCGAGGUCGGCGACGCGCUGCUGCUCUUCCUCACCAUCGUCUACGCCGAGAUGAAGGAUGGCAAAGUGAAACGGGGUUUCCACCUUGGCGUGUGCGUGCUGCGCGUGACGCUGCAAUGGGCCGCGUGUGCCUCCCUGUUCGGCCAUCGGAGCAUGUGGCAGGAGAACUGGCGACUCCGCGGUGCCAACACCAUCCCUGAAUACCCGGGAGCGUGGUGCAGUGCCAUGUUCGUGCUUGGGGCGGCCGGACUUGUCGGGCUCGUCGAGCCGUUCUUCCACUCGUUCCUCGGCCACCUCGUCACGUUGACUGAGGGACCGGCUGAUGAGGUGGAAUAUGAUAUCGUCGUCCAAGACGCGGCCCACAUGUCCGCCUACCAACGUCUCGACGACCCGUACGCCGACGAGGCGAAGCAG